GAGCAGAUAGACAGUGACUGAGGGAACAAGAGAGGGGGUGGCGCAAGAUAAAGAGUGAGUGAGCAGAGAGAGAGAGAUGAAAAGAAUGCUAAGCGAGAGAGAGGCGCUCAUACAGAAGGAGGCAGAGGCAACAGCUACAGCAACAGCUCGCUCCUUCCCCAUCCUUCCUCUCCUUUCCCUUAAUUCCACAUCCACGUCGUUGGGAGACGGAUGGAUCCCUGAACAGCACUGGCUGAAGGAGAGGAGGGUCUCACGUUAGCCUCCUUAAUGUAACAGGCUUUCAUUUUUACCGGGGUCACAUUAAGCAACAAGGAGUAGAAGGAGGUGUGAAGUGUGCACAUAAGCCUGUCGGCAGGAGGGAGGGCAGGAAGGAGAACUGGGAAGAAGAGAGGAGUCAGAGGCAUGUUUGGAAAGCCGAGGAGUGAGACAGACUGAGGGAAAGAUCAGAAGAUCACACCGGUGAGCUUCGCGAGCGGCGACGGCCACUUGUGGGCCAAGAGGAGAGGAAAUAAGAUCUGCAUACACACACACAGCUGGACAGAUGAGGAGGCAUCAGGGACCACGCUUCCGUCCUGGGUGUCUGGUGCACUGACCCUGCCUGUAUCAGGCGAGGAGUCAGAGGACCAGCGCCAUGACUGACUCUCCUGGUCCUGGUGGUCGUGCCUUAGUGCCAUGGCCGAGGGUGUGGAAAUGGGUUCUGGCUUCCUCGCUGGUCUCUGUCAUAGCUUUGACUUUGCCAGAGAGCAGUAAGGCCUGUCCUCCACGAUGCGAGUGUUCAGCUCAGCUGAGGUCUGUGUCAUGUCAGCGGCGGCGGCUCACAAACGUCCCAGAAGGCAUUCCAACUGAGACACGGGUCUUGGACCUCAGCAAGAACCGGCUCCGUUGGGUACAGUCCGGUGAUCUGGCACCGUACCCCCGGCUGGAGGAAGUGGACCUUAGUGAAAACCUCAUCGCCACAUUAGAGCCAAAUGCCUUUGCCGCUCUUCAGAAUCUUAAAGUCCUAAAGUUAAGGGGGAAUCAGCUGAAGUUAGUACCUAUGGGGGCAUUUGCCAAGCUAGGCAAUCUCACCAGCCUGGAUCUAAGUGAGAAUAAAAUGGUGAUUUUAUUGGACUACACCUUCCAAGAUAUGAGGAAUCUUAAACAGCUGGAAGUUGGAGACAAUGAUCUGGUUUAUAUUUCCCACAAGGCAUUCUCUGGACUUCUGGGACUAGAAGAUCUCACAAUAGAGCGUUGUAACCUCACAUCCAUCUCUGGCCAGACGCUGUCCUACCUCCACAGCCUGGUCACUCUUCGCCUUCGGCACCUUAGCAUCACUGCCCUGGAGGAUCAAAACUUUCGCAAGUUGUCUAAUUUGCGGGGUCUGGAUAUCGAUCACUGGCCAUACCUUGAGUAUAUCUCUCCACUUAGUUUUCAGGGCCUUGAUCUUCACUGGCUCUUCAUCACCAACACCAACAUCACCACUGUCCCUUCAAAUUCAUUCAAGAACCUGGUGCACCUCACCCAUCUCAACUUGUCCUACAAUUCCAUCACCACACUAGAGCCUUGGGCCUUCAAGGACUUGCUGAGGCUAAAGGAGCUCAUCAUGGUAAGCACUGGGUUGCUGACAGUGGAGUCUCAUGCCCUUGGAGGUCUCAGACAGAUUCGAGUACUCAACUUCUCCUCCAACGACCUGCAGACUCUGGAAGAGGGGUCCUUCCACUCUGUUAACAGUCUGGAGACCCUCAGAGUGGACGGGAAUCCCUUGUUGUGUGACUGCCGUCUGUUGUGGAUCCUGCAAAGACGCAAGACCCUCAACUUUGACGGCAGAGUGCCAGUGUGUGCAGGCCCGGUGGAGGUGCAAGGAGUCAGCCUCAGCGCCUUCUCUGACUCUGCCCUCUUCGAUCACUUUACAUGCCAGAAACCUAAGAUCCGCAACCGUAAGAUGCAACAGGUGGUUGCUCGGGAAGGCCAGCCAGUGAGCUUUGUAUGUCGAGCUGACGGAGAUCCUACACCUGCCAUCAUCUGGAUCUCACCACAGCGUAGACGAAUCACAGCAAAGAGUUCAGGUCGCAUCACUGUUCUCCCUAGUGGUACUCUGGAGAUCCGCUACGCUCAGCUCACUGACAGCGGGACGUACAUCUGCAUUGCCACAAACGCUGGAGGCAAUGACACCUACUUUGCCACUCUCACAGUAAGAGGCCAGCCACUAGACUCUGCCUCCGCCUUCUUUCUUAACCGCUCUCUGUACAGCGGGGAGUACUUCAACGACACAAAUCUAAACAGCACACGGGUUUUCCUCAAGUUCACCUUGGACCUGACCACCAUUUUGGUCUCAACAGCCAUGGGUUGCAUCACGUUUCUCGGAGUUGUUCUCUUCUGCUUCCUGUUGUUAUUUGUGUGGAGCCGUGGACGCGGCCAGCGCAGGAACAACUUCACAGUGGAGUACUCGUUCCGGAAAUCUGAACCCACCACAGGGAGCUCUACAGGAGGGACCAGGAAGUUUAACAUGAAAAUGAUAUGAAACAACGCAGCCAGGGGUCCCUCAGGGGAGGCAUGAGCACGUCCCAAAGACGUGUUUGACACACGCAAACACACACAGCCACUAACUCACAAAGAAGUUUGAGAGCACAAUAUUAGCUAGUCUCUAUUGCUCUGCUCCAAAUUGGGUGCCCACCUCAAAACUAGAGUUGUGAUUUAAUUUUACUUAUGCUUGAAAUUUUUAUUAUUUUGAUGUCUCCACUUUGCAAUGGUUUUCUUUAGAUUGUGGUGUUGAAUGCUACUGUACGUAAUAGCAGUAGAGUUUAAUUGAUCAGUUAUGCUUGACAGUAAUGGUGUGAAAUAGACAUCAAUGAUUAGUUAUAUUUGCAACAUGAACAGCACUGGUUAUUUCAACAAAUAAAAAGAAAAGGUUAGUAAUUGGUAAAGAAUGUCAUGGAGGCCAUCGAUUUAAGCGUUCAUUUGAUCUUUACUUCUUUGUGAGAUUCUGCCCAAACAUGAGCUGUGUGAGUUUGGGACGAGUGUACCGGUCAAGAGGUGCUGUGGUUGCCUGUGACUCAGACAAUUAAAUUAUGAACACCAAACACAGGCCACCACAGGAACCAAAUAAACCAAUGCAAGAGAGAGCAAAUGGUCCAGGUUGACAGGAACAGAGGGUAUACUGAGUAGUACGAGCGAGAAUACAUAAGCCUUUUUGACCUGUGUUUCGCUCCCCUACACAAACCCCUGAACCCUGGUCUCUGCUGCAUUGGUGGCCACCUAACCUUCCCGGUGCUGCCCGGGGGGAGCAGCCUGGAGAGUUGGGUCAUAUUCAGAGGCAGAGACAGGACACGUAGUUUCACAAGACAAACACUUCUCCAAAUUGGGGAUGACACACAGUAGAUAACAUAUUGCACCUUUUCUCAGGAAGAGCGAAGUAACAAACCAACAGAAAAAGAUUUCAUUGAACACAUUUAUUUGCUAAUUGUAACAUUCCAGCAAUACUGUAUGUAUAGCCAUAUAGCCAAUACUGGAAAUUUGUGGCUGAAGAAACAAAGCCAUAAUUUGUGUAGGUUGAAUUUUUAUAUAGAGUGUGCAUGAUUUAGUCAUAUAAUUAUCACUACUGCCAUUUUACAAGCUGUCCUGGUGUUCACAAGACUAUCCGGUGUCACUGGGUUUGCAGUACGUUCCACAGAAUAACACAAACAAACACAAAGGAGCAACAGUCAUAGUUGCACAAGAGCAAACAAACCCAACAUGGCACACACAAGCACAACACAAGUCUAUAAUUGUGAUGCUGACUUCUCUUUCUGUCUCUGAAACGACCGGUGCAUGAAUGUCUCUGCCCCCCUAGCCCAGUGCAUCCCCCCCUCACACCCCACCCCCACACACCCCCACUGGGUCCUCCUUUGGGAGGGGUCCCUGGCUGGAGACUGAGGAUUAAAAUGUAAAUGAAGUUGUGUUCACCCUACCCACACCAUGUGCAUCGUAUAGUGGAGAGUAGUACUGUGGUCUUAAUGGCAAAAAAAUAACAAAAAGGUUUUGUUAUGUUUUUUUUUUUUUUAAGUGUUACGUUGCAUAUUUGUUGGUCCCUUAUUUUUAUUCUGUUCAGUUGUUGUUGUCUGUGAGCUUCUGAAUGUUCACUGUGUUAAAGCACCUCAUCCACCAUGAGACGUUAUUCUGUUCUCAACACCUCAUAAUGUGAACUAAAUGGAGCAAGUCAGAAACUUGACUUAAUAUAAACUGAUGGUUUUUGUUGAUGGCAACAAAAAAAAAAACUGUAGUUCUGAUAACCUGAGCAAGAGGUGUUAAAC